CACGACGAGGUCCGUGGACUGUGAUGGAAAGCGCAAGUAUUCAGUCAGCGGGUGACAAUAGAUCAGACACCAGUACCGGAUACCUAGUGGACACAGAGUACAAAGUUUACAAGAGACGAUGGUUUUAUGUUUUAGUUGUAGCUCUUCUGAAUAUCUCCAACGCCGCGAUAUGGAUCUCAUUUUCGCCAAUUGCAUACAAGACAGCUACUUUUUACAAUGUUGGAUCCAUGGGGGUGAACUGGUUGUCCCUGGUGUAUUUGGUGGCAUCCAUUCCAUGUGGCUUGGCGGCCACUUGGCUUAUAGAUACAAUGGGUCUGAGAACUAGUAUAUUGCUUGGGACAUGGCUCAACUUGAUCGGCUCAAUUUUGCGAGUAGUGAGUACCCUUACAGGACUGAAUGAUGAUGCACGCUACCCAAUUGUGAUAACUGGUCAGAGUCUAGCAGCUGUAGCUCAGCCUUUGGUCAUGUUCACACCAACUAAACUAGCUGGCCUGUGGUUUAGUGAUAAUCAGAGAGCAACAGCCAACACAUUAGCUUCCAUGGCUAACCCAGUGGGUAUCUUACUAGCUAAUGUGUUAUCCCCAGCUCUGUUGAAGGAAGAGUCUGACAUGAAGUUGCUGAUGUUGAUCUACACAGCUCCUGCUGCCCUGGUGACCUUACUGGCAACAUUUGGUGUGUGUAGUUCUGUCCCUCCAACCCCACCCACAGCUAGUGCAGCAGAGUCCUCAGAGCCUUUCUGUAAAGGCUUAAAGAGAAUGAGGAAGAUGAAGUCAUACUGGAUUCUGUGUUUUGUCUUUGGUGGGGGCCUUGGUCUGGUUACAACACUAAGCACUCUCUUUGAACAAAUAUUAUGUCCCAGAAACUACACAGAUAGUUUCUCCGGUCUCUGUGGCGCUCUGAUGAUAGCUGGUGGUAUCGUGGGUGCAGGAAUUGCUGGGGCAUAUGUUGACAAAACCAAAAAGUUUGAAGAAGUUGCCAAAUUGGCCUGGGCUUUGGCAGCUCUUAGUCUUAUAGCCUUCACAGAAGUAUCAAGACUGAGAGGGAUGGAGGUAGCCAUUGCUGUGACGGUCACCCUGUUUGGAUUUUUUGGCUUCUCUCUCUACCCUAUUAGUCUGGAGUUAGGUGUGGAGUGUACAUACCCAGUGGCUGAGGCUACAAGCGCAGGCUUCCUUAUCAUCUCUGGACAAAUACAGGGUAUUGUGUUUAUAAUAGUUAUGGGUUUGUUAGCCCAAGACCUGCCGUCAGGACAGCAGUUCCUGCCUAAUGGCUGUGUACAGAACUCCACCUCUGUGGAUCAGAUUAUCCCCCAGGAUUAUACAGUGCCAAACCUCUCUGCUUCUGGGUUGACAGUAUUUUUUGUGAUAGUUUUCCUGAUGUUUUUUAAGGCUGAUUACCGAAGACUGAGGGCUGAACAAAAAAUUGAGGCUGAAAAAAUUCUCACCUUCAGCUCAAGGAACAUUUGACAUGGAGAAAGCUGAAAUGGGAAAAUUUUUGAGUGAGACUUUAAAAAGUGCUAAUCAUGGCUUCAGUCUUUGGCAGCUCAUAUGGCAUUCCAGUGCAGAUACAUACCUGAAACACGCAAAGCUGAGAUUUUAACUGUCUAUAAUUUCAAUCUGUCUCGCUACUCAUACAGGUAUCUUAGUAUUAACAGGUCAGUAUAUCCCAUUUUGGUUCUGCAAAAUUCCACCUCCAUGACUACCAGUAAUAUUUCUAUAUUUCUAUUUAUCCAUUUCUCUAUUUUUUAAUACAUGAUAACUGGGAACUAUUUUAACCCACUAUAUCCCAAUCAGAAAAAUCUGAAAAUAAAAUUUAACUGGAUGUUACAAAAGCCACAUCUACAUCUACAUGUAGUAGCCUCUCCCUACGCUGCUGUCUCGGUGACAUGUACUACAGUAGAUAUAAGGAUUAGCAGCUUCUGGAAUUAAAGGUCUUCGAUUUCCAAAAGCUUGGUUUAGAAGGUU